AUGCCAGCUCAGAUUGUUCGCUAUUCUCAAAACAAAUUCUAUAGCAAACCUGCCAAGCCUUGGACCUGUCAUCAGGACUUGCCGACAUCCAUUUGCAAGGAAUUAAGAUCGCUUGAGUCUGAAUUUGAUGAGGAUGAAAAAAUAUGUGAUGCCAUUUCAGAGGAGCACGGAUAUCAUUUUGCGAGGCCCAAGUCAAGGGAUGAGGCUUUGCAUUUUCUGAAUGAGUUUGGCUGGCUGUUUCAAAGGGAAAGGUUGUGGAAUGUGCACGAUGUUCCAGAUUAUUCGCUCGACAGGUUCAAAUUUGUUCUGACAUUUUCUGUGGAGAGAAACUGUUGCAUGAUAGUCAAAACCCUUUUGGAUAUGUUGGUUGAUAAACACUAUGAAGGAGCAAGUUUGUCAACAGGGUCAAUGGAGAUGCUUAAAGCAAUCCAACUCCUAAAUAGAGCAGUGAAAAGAAAGUACAUGAACAUGGUUGAUUUACUCGUCCAUUAUUCUAUACCCAGCAAAAAUGACACAUUCAAGAAAUAUGUAUUUCCACCGAAUAUGUAUGUACCUUUUACACUUCUAUGA